GGGAGAGUCGUUACGACACGCCUUGUCCAGAACUAUCCAAGUCCCCAGUAUCUGAUCGGCGCAAGUAAGACCGAGAGAUGAGAGCACAAGAUGGAUCUCUCGCAGUUGAGAAGAAACUAGUGCCCGAAGCCUCUGAGAACUUCUACCUCCGCCUCGACGAUGCGACGCUGAUCUUCUUUCCACACAUGGAUGGGAAUGACAGUGGGGGCAUUGUCGUGCAGGUGCUGAUGGUGUUGGCGCAGUCGCAUCCCGAUAUAAGCACAGUCGAGAUGGCGCUCGAGUUCUACGCAGUGCAGAGGGAGGUUACGGAUGUAGUGAAUGCCAUCCUUUACGGCCAUAUCGUCAGCGGGCUUCCGGAGCAGGUCACAUACGAGGGCUUCGGGUUCGUCCUUCACGGAUCGAGGAAGGAGUGGAAGUACGGGCAGAGGCUUCAGUUUUCUUGGGGUGAGAGCGAGGUCCAGCCGUGCAAAGACAAAUGGGUCUUUACAUUUGAGGUUGCGUAGAUGCGCGAGCUAAAACUCGGUGCAUCAGGGGAGAGGUCAGGC